AUGUAUUUACUUUUACUGAUUACCGAAACUUGGUUAGACACCAAAAUAUUAGACUCAGUUGUUAUAGGUAAUUUUGGUUAUUCAAUAAUUAGGGCGGACAGAAAUAAAGGAGUGGGUGGAGGAUCAUGUAUAAUUAUCUCAAAUACUUUACCAUUUAUUAUCAUCAAGUCCUGUCUAGGUUUAAGCUAUGAAAUCAGCGGAGUAGACCUUAUUUUACCCAACAACAAUAUAAGAAUACUAAACGUAUAUAGAUCCGUUAAUAAAGAAAACACUAAAACCUUUCAUCAGCUUUUUGAAAAUCUUCAUGACCUUUCUUUAGACUCGCCUUCACUAAUAAUUACUGGGGAUUUUAACUUCCCAAAUUUAUCGUGGUCAACUAACUCUCCACAUUCUAAAAACUCUAAGGAUGCACAAUUUAUAGAAUUUAUAGACUCACUUGAACUCACACAGCACGUCAAUUUUCACACUCGUUUGGAUAAAAUUCUUGACCUAAUUCUUAGUAGUCCAAAAAAUCUGGUCAAAAAUCCGCAAAAAAGCACACCUUUUGGUACCUCAGACCACAAUCCAAUAUCUUUCGAAAUCAAUUAUUAUCGUGAGAUUAAAGCACUUAAAUCCCCGCAAAAGCGAUUUUACAAAGCAAACUACACGGACAUAAAUAAUUUCUUAAAUAAUAUAGACUGGUUAAGUUGUUUUUCAAAAGCUUCAAAUCUCAAUGAACUCUAUUCACAAUUCCUCGAAAUAACACAUUAUACAAUUGAAAAAUACAUACCUAUAACACAAGGAAAAAUAGAUCCAAAGGCAAUUCCUAUCCACAUUCGUAAGCUUUACUCCCACCAAAAAAAUCUUUUUAAGAAAAUUCCAACUAAGGAAACCGCAAAACAAAUAACACUACUUAGCAAAAAUAUUGACAAACAACUUAAAAAAUUUUACAGAAAUAGGGAAAGAAAACACCUUAAAAAUUCCCUUUUUAGAUUCAAAUACACUAGUCAAUUUUUGAAGCCUAAAAAUAGCAAUAUUCCGACUAUUUUCAAUAAAAAUGGAUUGCCUGUCUUUUCAGAAAAAGUUAAAAGUAAUAUACUAGGCGAUGAAUUUAGUUCAUACUUCAAUAACGAAAUUCCAGAUUUAGAGGAUCUAAGCCAAGAUAACCCACAAAUUCUCAAUACUCUGGAAUAUACACCUAUAACUGUAAAUGAUGUCUUUAGUUUACUUUGUCAAGCCAAAAAUAUCAGUAAUACCAGUCCAGACCAAAUUCCUUAUAUAUUUUUAAAAAAAUGUGCACAAACGCUAGCGCUUCCGAUUUUUAAUAUUUUUUCAUAUUGUCUCAUGUCCUCAAAUAUUCCUGACAUUUGGAAAACCGCAAUAAUACAACCAAUACCCAAAAACGCAAAACCAAAAUCUGCACAAGAUUAUAGGCCAAUAGGAUUGACCUGCACUCUGCUAAAAGUUUUCGAACAAAUUAUAGCCAAACAAAUAAACGAAUUUCUGCUUAAAAAUGAAAUCCUACCGCCUUCACAGCAUGGCUUUGUUAAAAACAAAUCUGUAACCACGCAACUACUAGAAAUUACAAACGACAUAUCACAUGCACUAGAGGAAAAAAGCCUAAUUGAUAUUGUAUACUUUGAUCUGGCAAAAGCUUUUGAUUCCAUUCCGCAUGCACGACUAUUUAAAAAAUUAGAAAUCAUUGGAAUUAAGGGAAAUUUACUAAUACUAAUUAAGAAUAUAAUCACUAAUAGAAACUUCAAAGUUAGAGUAGGCGAUACUUUAUCUUCAACUUACGAAACACAUAGUGGGGUAUAUCAAGGAUCUGUACUCGCCCCAAUAUUAUUUAACAUUUAUCUUUAUGAUUUACCGAAAUACUGCUAUAAUGACAAUAUCAAAUGCAAACUUUAUGCAGAUGAUAUAAAAGCGUAUCAAAUAUAUAAACAAACUAACCAAAACCAAUUACAAAAUUUUAUCAAUAAGUUUCACGAAUAUUGUUUAAUCAAUGGUUUGAAUAUAUCUAUAAACAAAUGUCAUACACUCUAUCUUGGAAAAAACAACAAAAGAAACCCCUAUAAAAUUGGCGACAAAUACAUAGACUCAUCAUGUAACAUUAUUCGAGACUUAGGAGUAUAUUUUUCAUCUGAUUUUAAAUUUUCGGAGCACACUCAAAUUAUCACAUCUAAAGCACGAAGGACCAUGUACAAUCUACUUCACUCUAUCAAAUCUAAAGAUCACAAUAUACUUAUACACAUGUUUAAUACCUAUAUAAGAACCGGUUUAGAAUUUGCCUCACCAAUCUGGAACCCACACUUAAAAAAAGAUAUAAUUAACAUAGAAAAAAUACAAAAAUACUUCCUCAGGUCUAUUUAUGCAAGGAAGCAUGGGCAGUCAAAAGGAUUUAAUUUCUCUAAUAUUCCAAAAUACUCUAACCUACUGAAAAUUUUUAAAGUCGAAACCUUAGAAAUUAGGAGAUAUAAAAUUGAUCUAAUUCUCUUUCAUAAAAUUAUUUGA